AAUCUUUGUCCGCGGCCGUUGGUCAAAAUUCAAAUACGAUGCGGAGCUCCGUCGCCCGAAGGCACUUCGCGCAGUUCGAUGACGAGCUGCAGGACAGCGACCAGACCUUCUCGACGCCUGCGCGGCAUCUGCGGCCUCGUGCACGGCUCCCCACGGUCGCAGACGCCAGCGACAGCAGCAGUGGGAGGCCAUCGCGUCGACAAUUCUCGACCUCCGCGUUCUUCUCGGACACGACGGACGACGACGUAUCACGGCCAAUAACGAAGCCCUCAGACCGCUCCCGGCUCUCCAUGAGCGCACACAACCGCCCAGCACAGACACGGAACAACAGAUCGCCGCUGCAUAUGAGUGCGGGGCCGAGAAAAGGCCACAAAGGGACAUCUCACGUGCCCAGACUCCAUGUAAGCGCCAUCCAGUUUCCAGCUACACGCUCGGUGCUCUGGGAUCGUCGUCAACUGUCGGCUGCACCGAUCGGAGUGUCAUUGGAACAGGUUUUACCGCUUGUUAUCAUAGCAGCGGAGGCUUUGAAGGAGAUUUACAGGUUAUACAAGGAUAAAAGUGGCGUCCGCGGCAGUGGAGCAGCACUGUGUUAUCUGUAUGGAGAUGCGACGUCGACGAGAGGGAAGAAGGUGUUAUUUGAGGGAGUAACGAUGAAGAAGGAGGGUGCGAAGGCUGCAACGUGGUGUAUACCUGUAUAUACAAUAGCGGAUGGGAACAACCCUGGACUCUCACAGGAGACCUAUGUGUCUACUAUCGAAGCCGUGCAGAGCAGCUAUCGAGACGAGUAUACUGACAACGUCGCCUCGAAACUACAGCCCAAGUUGCUGGUGUUUCGGUCGUCUCCUCAUGCCGCACAACUGGAUUUCCAGCUGGAAUGCGCGGCGUCUCCCGUGCUCUUCAAGUUUUCUUUGGUACGCAACUUGCCACUGCUCAUGACGCCGCUCGCUGGGAGUUUAGCAAAGCGCGAGUUCAGUAUGCACUCCGGGAAUAUGCGAUCAGGUUAUCUCACUCUUGAUCGAACUCGGAAGGCGGUACCGCUGCUGAAAGUCGAUCCUCUAGUCCUGCAGCAGCCAGUUGUAGGCGUUUGGGUAUAUGGAGUCCAGAUCGAUGACGCGUGGGAUAAAGAAACCGCGCGACGACAACUGGCUGAUCCCUUCUUGUACUUCGCGUGCAUUGGGUACGUGAUGUCUGAGGCAAUUAAAGAGCGCGUAGGGCCCGAAAAGAACACGUUCUUGGUGGCAAUUUAUCCUGCUGAUGAUCCUGACAGCGGUGCUGUCGGUUCAUUGCCGCGUUUCUUCGAAUGCAGCUACUCGGAAUUCCUGUCGCCUCCAUCGAGGCCACUUCCAAUGGAACUAUAUUCCCAUCGACGGUCUUGUUUAGUAGGUGUGUCGAAAUUUUCGAGUGGCGUGGAACUGACGUUGUCUGCUGCGCCAACAAACGAGUGGGAAGAGGCUAGACGUCAAGUAAAAAUUCCUACGACGUCGUGUUCAACAGAUAUCGAUGAUGCACCGGAGCAUUCAGUCGCUGUCAGCGAAGAAGAAAAGGAGGAUGCUACAAGUGGCUGGACCAUUACAGCUGAUGCCAUUCGAAAGAGUUCCUCUCGAGAUACAAAGCCACAGAGUGAAUCAUCGGUACUGAGUGAAAAAGAUGUGGUUGAUACAAGACUCUCCACGGAGGACGAUGCUGUGGUUAUUCAAGAGAAGACAGCAACUCCGAUCAGUGGUCGAGACCAACGUGAUGCAGGUGAAAAAGAGACUUCGCAGCCGGCUCCGAAUGAGACGGAAAAAAAAGAAACUACGGGACCUGCUCAGCACGACUGGACUGGUAACACCAGUAGCUCCCGAAGUUGCUGUAAAACACAGCAGCUGUUGACAAUUCAGCAUCAACAGAUCCUUGAAAACCAGCAGAGGCAGCUUCACGAAAUGCAAGAACAGAUCGCGCAGCUACGUCGUCUCCUACACGCUGCAAGAAGUGACAGCAACAAAAAGCAAGUAUAUAUGUCUCCAAAUGACGAAGGGUACGACUCGGACGCUAGCAGUUCGAGUAUUGGAGCAGUGGCCGAUGUCUCCAACGUUUCCGGUACGUUUAGCAGACACGGGAAUGAGCAUGUGAGUUCUCAAUCUUCAACGGUCUCAGGACCACGGCAUAAUGAUGAUGGCCCGCUUUCUGACGAGGCUUUUAUUCACACGCAACAAGAUAACGUGGGCAGUGAAGGAGAUGAAGAAGACAACGAUGUCUCGUUAAGCUCGCUGGGAUUGUCAUCGAUCAGCAGUGGCUCUGCAGCUGAUUUAUCAUCGCUAUCGUCGUCACUUGUGGGCAAACGGAGGAAGAAACUCGGCGCUUCGCAACUUCACGGGACAGAGAAUGCUAAUGUCGAAGAAGUUGAUCCCGAAGUCGACGAUUUAAGCGUAUCCCAGCUAUCACAAGUAUCAAAGGGCAGCCAGAAGACAGCGCAACAGCCAGCCGCUGAAGCUUUGACAGGUGUUGCAGCAGAGUCCACCAUCGACCAAGAGACUGAAGCGGUGGAGAAGAGUCCCAAUGCACACAACGUAUCUGUUGGAGAAUUAAGCUCUACACCAACUGAAGUCAGCAGGGGGACAGGUAGAGCAGCUGACAGUGACGAGGUUGAUGAUCGAAGCAGCGAUGGCCUGUCGGCAAUUGAACGGCUGCUGCCACCUGACGCCUACCUUCGGAAAGUAGGGGGCUUUGUCGAUCAUCACGGUGGCUGCUUCACGUCGCCACCUCUUGAUUUCCACAGCUUUUGCGUGCCACGCAUCAAGUUUUCGACUGAGACUCCGGAGUGCUCCAUGUCCGAUUCAGAGGACGAAGAAAUCCGCCUCAUCGAGCAAAAGUACAAGCGACUAAUGGCAGUAUGAGCGACCUACAGUACAUUGAACCUGCCAAUUAGUAGGUAGCACAACUUCGUUUCAGCAGGUACACUAACAUUAACCGUUUACAUCGUAGCCCACUCCUGGCAGCAACAUUCUUCAUGGCACCGGCACAAGCAACUGGUCAAUCGCCUGCUUGGUUUCUGACUGUAACGAUGGUCCAGAGGCUUCCGAGUCCUUCACAUACACGAGGUAUUCUGCAGGGAGCAUGAACACACUAGCUGGUUGUCCGGGUGUGGCAGCAUGCACCACGAACCGGAAGCGGUUCAAAUUGUAGAUACCAGACGCCAUAAAGCAUGCCUUGAGAUUAAUUGUAACCCGACUGUUAGGCGAGAACCGAGCAAUCUUCUUCUUGGUUACACCAGUCCAGAAGAAACGAGGCGGCGCACCAUGGGGUGGAGACGCUCCGGAAUGAGACACAGAGUGUAACUUUGUCAACGGAGACGAAGCAGGAAGUGAAGCUUGGGUCUCUUCGGGAUGAAGCAUUUCGACUGUAACAUCGAGAGGUGUUGAAGUUGGCACCGAGUCAUUGCAGACUUCCAUCGAGAUAUCCAACUCCGCGAUUGUCAAUCCUGACGUAGGCCCGGGGUAUGUGGAUCUCCGCAGCUCAACAGAGUCAUUGUAGCUGAGUGUCACCGUCAGAGGACAUGACGUUUCCUGUGGUACCGGCCGGAUCUUCACCGAUGUGAGAUUUGCCUGGCCAAUUGCUCGAUGAGGCGACACUUGGUCGGAGUAAGAUGCGUGGCAAUCGGUCGACCAUACGAGUACAAGGUGGCCGUCGGUAUCCAAGUGAGACAAUAGUGCGUCUUUCGACGUUGGCUGCGGUUCUUGCUGUGGCUUGUGGUCGAUAACGUUUUCACCCGCCGCACUUUUCAGCGCCUUAUUCUCUCGUCGCACACUUUGAAUCGUACGAAAGCCGCCGCCACGUUUGCCGUCAUUUGCAUCACCAGAUCCAGCACCACCAGCACGGACGAGCUCUACAGCGUUUUCCAAGCACAAGAACUGUUCGAUCGGGAGGCUCGUUGACAAUUCCCCGUUCUGUUCAGAGUUGAGUGCCAACUUGCAUAAUUCAGUACCAGAAGUAUCACGGCGUCGAAUUACGCGGAAGUAACUUGUGCUCGCUUCAAAGAAGCCUAGAUGCAGAGAAUCCCGCACGUUAGUAGCAAUCUGCGACGGCGUUCGUGCCAAUCUCUCUACUGCCCAAGUGUUGCUGACACACAAGAGCUCCUCCAGUCGCACCAUGCCGUCCAGACCAUUAGCCAUGUUGUGGUGGUCGCCUCGCUGGUUUGACACAGUGAUGCCAAGAGUAUACUCGCCACUGGCACCGAAACUUGGCUCGAUGGAGUACGACACAUCGAUACACGGCAGCAAGUCCAGGUCCAGCUUAAUUUUCGCUGUGCGCG